AAUGACAAAAGAUAAAUACUUUCUUCGAUCACUAUUAUAAAUAAAAAAAUCAUUUUUUAGGUUCAUUGUAAAAGCAAUGUAUCUGAUUUAUUUGAUUGAGAAACAACCAGUAGUUUAGAAGUUUAAAUGUUUUAUAAACUUGUUCCAAAGGUUUCCAAAAAAACAUCAAUAGCUAAAACUCCUUCCUUUGUUCAACACAAUCAACCAUAGUAAAAUGAAAAACGUUCCACUAGUUCACAAAACAUCUAAACUUCAAAACAAAACAUUAGUUUUUGAUUUUGAAGGUACUCUUCUAAGAUCCACUUCGCUCUUCCCUUACUUCAUGCUAGUUUCUUUUGAAGCUAGUGGAAUACUAAGAUCUCUCGUCCUGUUUCUUUCAUACCCUUUAGUAUGGCUAGUUGGUGAGUAUCAACUAGGCCUAAAAAUUAUGGUUUUCAUAACAUUUUUUGGCAUAAAAAAGGACACAUUUAGAAUAGGAACAGCUGUUCUUCCAAAGUUCUACUUAGAAGAUGUUGGUUGGGAAGGAUUUGAAGCUGUUAUGUGUUGUGAAAGAAAAGUUGCUUCUAGUAAGUUACCAAGAAUCAUGGUUGAAGGUUUCUUGAAAGAUUAUUUAGGUGUUGAAGCUAUUAUUGCAAGAGACAUAAAGUCCUUCAAUGGUUACUUUUUGGGUUUGUUUGAGAAACAUAAACCAACCACUUCCUAUGAUGUUAAAGUACUCCUAACAAGCAAAGACAAUAGCAUUGGAAUUGUUGGUAGCCAUAUUGAGUAUAUUGACCAGAAACUUUUCCCUCAUUAUAAGAAGGCUUGCUUUAUGUUAAGGUCUGAUGAGAGGAGAAAUUGGAGAUUACUACCAAGAGAGUGUUAUCCCAAGCCAUUGGUUUUCCAUGAUGGAAGAUUAGCUUUCAAGCCAACUCUAAUAUCUUCACUAAUCAUGUUUAUGUGGUUACCACUUGGACUAUUUCUUGGCAUUUUCAGAGUUAUAUUUGGUGUUUCAUUGCCUUUUAAUGUAUCAGCUCCAAUAUUAGCAUUUUCAGGGACAAGAAGCACAGUUUCAUGGCCUCAAAGCUCGUUCUUUUCGACCGAAAACCAAAAAAAUCAAAAGAAUAUGCUUUAUGUGUGCAACCAUAGAACUUUGCUUGAUCCACUUUACAUUUCACACACUAUAAACAAACCACUCUCAACAGUCACAUACAGCUUGAGCAGAGUCAUGGAGAUUAUUUCUCCAAUUAGAACAACGCGGUUAACGCGUGACAAAGACCGAGACAGGAAAUCGAUGGACAAAAUGCUUAGUGAAGGAAACCUUGUUGUUUGUCCAGAAGGAACAACUUGUAGAGAGCCUUAUUUGUUAAGGUUUAGUCCUUUAUUUGCUGAACUAACUGAUGAUAUUGUUCCUGUUGCUGUUGAUGUUAAGGUUAGUAUGUUUUAUGGAAACACAGCUAGUGGACAAAAAUGGUUGGAUGCUUUUUUUCAUUACAUGAAUCCAAAUCCUGUUUAUAUUGUUAAAAUCCUUGAGAGGUUACCAACAUCACAAACAUGUCAAGAAGGUGGAAAAUCUUGUGUUGAAGUUGCCAAUUUUGUUCAAAAUGAAAUUGGAAAGAGUUUGGGAUUUGGUUGCACCAAUUUGACUAGGAAAGACAAAUAUAUGAUCUUGGCUGGUAAUGAAGGUGUGUUAAUAACUGCAAAGUAACUACAAGUUCAUUUGUGUUUGUGUGUAACAUUUAUAUCUCAACCUCCUUAUGGUUAUCUUAGUUUGAAAUAUUGGUGAAAAUUAUUCAGUGGGUCAGUGAUAGUGUGGUGAGGAGUUUUAUAUUUUAUAGUUUUAUUUUUAUGUUGUUAUAUACAGUAGUGACUAAAAUAUUGUAAUAUUUCUUGACAUUAAAUAUAGGGUAUUGUAGUUGUUGUGUUGAGAA